UCCGACCAGGUUUAAACUCCCCAGCGAGCGAGCGAGAGGCAGGAGGUCCGUGCGCGCUGUCUCUCUCUCAUCUCUCCCCUUUUCCGCCCCCGAUUAAAUUAUUUUCUCUCUCCGCCAUGCCUCACCGGAUUUAUUACUCAGACAAGUACUACGACGAGAAGUUCGAGUACAGACCCAACUGCUCACAUCUCGUCCACCCAACAGAGCCGCACAUAUUACUGUUUCGCCGGCCCAUAACAACUCCACCCCCAAAGAUGGAUGAGGAUGAGGACGAAGAGGAAGAGGAAGAACAACAGUAGGACGACCCCAAUGCUCAUCGAUGCCCAUGCCUUUCACUAGCUCAUCAUUCUUGUCUUCUCUCGGCUGUGACUUGACUCCUUCACCCCGACGAAACUGCGAAUCUUCUGUUCCUGUGCUUUUUUCUUUUGCUGUUCUGUUUUACAGGGAUCUUGAUUUUGUCUUUCUUUGGCUGUAUGUAAUUUUUUUUUAUAUUAUUAUUUAUUAUUUUUUUUUUUAUUGUUAUUAUUUUGUAAUUCUCUAUUAUUGCCUUUUCUUCUUACCAUUAUUUGAUUUGUUUUUCAUUGACUUUUUAAAUAGUAACAACCCAAAUCCUGUAACAGUGAUGUAUAUAUAGCAUUUAAGGGAUGUUUGUAUUUGGGAGUCUUUGUUGUUAAAAUUGUAAGGUCUGGCCUUUUCCAUUUAUGUGAAAAAAAAGUUAACAGACAUUAGCUUCCCCUGUUAUUCUUUCCUUUGUAUUAAGUUUUGACAUUUCCAUAUCAUAGUUAUCUUUAUUUCAUCUGAAUAUAAAUUUUAUGCCA